CGAUCGGAAUGAGACUGACAGUGAUGCUACUGGUGGUGAUGGUGGUGGUGAUGGUGGUGGUGGUGGUGACAGGAGAUAUAACGUUACCUCCACAAAACGUAAUUAGUGGCAAAGGAAAAGUGGAUGAAGUAGAGGAGGAAUGGAUGAAAGAAGCAAAAAUAGGAGGAGCUCUGCCCAACCCUCUCCUAUUCAAGUUCUCCCAAGCGCCGCAUCUCCGCGUGGUGGCAGAGUCUUGGCCUCCCCACAUCUUGGUGACGCCAGGGAAGGACGGGGCGCCCACCACAGCGGCAGGGCCCAUGGCAACCUUUCUAGAGAACCUGGCUGCCUCUCUCAACUUUACGUACAGCGUGGUGCAGGGGGACGGCUACUGGGGCGCCCCGACGGACAACGGAACGUGGAAUGGCAUGAUUGGGAUGGUUAUGAGGAAGGAGGCGAACAUGGGUUUAGGUCCCUUCGGCAUGACCCACGCUAGGAGUCAAGUGGCUGAUUUCACUCUGCCCAUCUUCAGGGAGGUGCUUCACAUCCUCACGGCACGCCCUCGCCCGCAGCCUCAGCCCUGGGGAUUCCUGGCGCCUUUCACGUGGGGUGUAUGGAUGGCCCUCCUCCUAAGCAUGGUGCGUUACUGUCAAGCCUUGUGCAAAACGACCACUACUCCCCCUCCUCCCCCUCCUCCUCCUCCUCCUCCUUUCUUCGCCUUCUUCAGCCACUUAUUCAUCCACUACCAGCACUUCGUUGGCCAAAGUACGCCGUGGAAGCCGGAGAGACUCACGCCGCGUCUGGUGCUGUGGCUGUGGCUUAUGACUGUUUUGGUGCUCAUGAGAACCUAUAGUGGCUCCCUCACCUCCUUGCUCGCGGUCAAGACGGUGGAGAUAAAAUACGACUCCUUGAGGGACGCCCUGGAAGACCCUGGCCUGACUCUAGUGCUGGAAGGAUCAACAGCACUCACCGGACACCUCCAGAAAGCGAGUGAGGGAGUGUUCGGUGAGUUGGCGGAGGCCGUGGGGAGUCGCGGGAUAAAGGUAAGGGCGAGUCAGAUGCAAGACGUGGCCGCCAGAGUGCUCCCCGACGGCCGCCACGCGAUGUUCCUUGAGAAGAUUGGCUGUAAUAAGUUGUUCUCGGACUACUUCAGCAGCACCGGAAGAUGUGAUUUCUAUUUCUCACGCGGUGUGUUCUGGCCUCUGUUCUACGCCCUUAUCACGCCCCUGGACAGCCCUCUCCUGCCCCUCAUCAACGCUAGGAUCCUGGCGGUGCGGGAGUUCGGAAUAUACGAGGUGUGGGCUAAGGCAAUGACACCCAACAUGACCCACUGCCUCUCCAUGCCCACCAAACUCAAAUUUCAAGAGCCUUAUUCUCUGCAGCACUUGUGGGUUGUCUUCCUGCUGAUGGGCGCUGGGAUCAUGGCUGCGGCGGGGACCUUCCUGAUGGAGGUGGUAAUGGGGUGGAAAUGAUGAUGAUGGCCACCCCUUGACGCCUCUUCCUCCUCUUACACCUCCGCUGCCUCCCUCGGUCUCGCUCGCUGUCUACCCAUCGGCUUGUUACGAAAUCUGGUCAUGUUGUCCUUAUUUCUCUUGCUUGUUACUCGUUUAUCUGUUUGUUUAUCUAUCCUUCUAUCUACUAUAUUUUUCAUGUCUCCUUAUGUUAUUAUGUUCUUUUAUCUGUUUGUUUGCCUGUCUUUGAAACUGACUUAUGAAAUCUGGUUACGCUUUUAUAUUAUUCUAUCAAUUAAUUCGUUAGUUUAUUGUUUUUAUGAUACUUAUUAUUCAAUUAUGCUUUUUAUGGCUUAUCUAUUAAUCAACUUACUUCUGCGAUCUUCUUUCUUUCUUGUAGCUUAUCAGUCAUUUGUGUGUUGCUAAUAUUGGUUUCUGAUCCUCCUUGGACACGUCAACUCAAUAGAUAUCUUAGCAACAAGAGAAUAACGUAUAUAACAUAUUCUGUUAUGUGUGGACUGUAAAAGUUAAUAACGAUUCAGAGGAAAACGCGAUGUUAGACUAAUAAAACACGAAGUAACAAAU